AUGGCAGCCGCUUCCGCCGCCGUCGUCGUCGAGCAAGCCAGGCUGAAAGACGCGCCUACCGUGGCCGACAUCUUUCUCAAGUCCUUCAACAGUGACUUCUUCCAGACACUGUUCCCCCAGAACGAGUAUGGCCGCGACUACAUGACCGAGGCCUGCAAACAGUUCAUGCACUCCAAGCAGAACGGGGGCCAAGAGGGUCGACUGUUUGUCGUCAGGAACGAACAAGGUGUGCCCGUGGCCGCUUCGCUCAUCUGGAUCGUCCGCCCCGAGGACAACGGAACCUGGUCGUGGCGGAAACGAUGGCCCGUAGCCAACGCCGGGCAAAAGGACGACCAACUCGAGGAGUUCUUCACCGACAUGGCGACUCAGCACCAUCGCAUCAUGGGCAAGGACCCUCACGUCUGUAUGUCAAACACGGCCUCGGCGCCCUUCCGCUUGCCGCUUGCCACUUCCCGCUCGUCACUGGCAACCCAGCGGCAAACGCUAAUCCAACGCAUGUCUAGACUUUGA